AGAUUUGAGACCCUAUAUAAUGCGUACACUGAAGUUUCAUUUCAUUACCUUUCUAGCAUUUAGUCGCGAAGCAUCUGGCAAGAUGGAGUGGUUAAGAGGACUUAUCUUUAUCAGUUGUGCGCUUUGCGCAUUUGGUUUAAACUCACCCCGACCCCCCAGCAGCCCUUCCUCUGUUGAGGAGGUAGCCGCUAGUCGAUCAUCUUUUCCCAUGCCUGGAGACAUCGUGGAAGGUGAUAUUGUCCUUGAUGACAACACCGCAGCCCUGUUACGUGGAGGAGCUAGGAAUGCUAUGGCCAAUGUUAACAAAUGGCCCAAUGGUGUUGUUCCUUACAUCUUGGACUCUAGCGUAGACGAUUACCUGAGACAACAGAUUGACAUUGGUAUUGCUGAGUACCAUAAAUACACCUGUCUGCGCUUCGUAAAGAGGACCGUKGAGAAGAACUACAUUCGUAUCGUAAAGCCAGCGUCAGGCUGUAACUCAAUGGUUGGUGUGGUAGGAAACGGAGAGCAGAUCCUCAACAUGGGACCCGGAUGCGAGUAUGUUGGGUUGGUGUUGCACGAAUUUGGUCACGCAAUUGGUUACUUCCACGAACACAACAGACCAGACCGUGACAAUGUAAUCGAGGUCUUGUGGGAUAACGUUCAGCCAGCAUUCAAGUCCGCUUUCAAAAAGUACACUUUCCAGGAGGCUGAUACGCAAGGAUACUCCUACGAUCUCACGUCUAUCAUGCACUACGAAAACAGUGCUUUUGGCAAAGCUGGUUUCUGUAAGACUACCAUUAUUGUCAGGAACAACCCAUCAUAUGAGGUUCGCCCGGUUUAUGAAAGAGGGGUGUUCAGCCCCCAGGACAUUAAGAAGAUUAACAAGCUGUAUGGAUGUCCAAUGAAGGGAUUACCUGAUGUGGUUAAGCCAGGCACUAAUAACCCAGAUCCUAACGCCUGUGUUUGCGAAGACAAGCAUGCUGAGUGUCAAAGCUGGAAAGAUAGGGGUGAAUGUGGAAACAACAAUGCAUGGAUGAGCUCUAACUGUCCAAAAUCUUGCAGGGUUUGUGGAGAACCAGAUUCAGAUUGCAAAGAUGAGUAUCCUCAAGCUUGUUCUGACUGGAGCAGUCAAGGCGAAUGUCAAGCCAAUCCUACUUGGAUGGGAAAUAAUUGUAAGAAGUCCUGCAACAAAUGCUCUACUACAGGUACCUUACCUCCCCAGACCCAACCACCCUCUACUUUAGAACCAACCACGGAACCUGAUGACAAUUGUACCUUGAUUCCUGACACACCUCCACCCCCAACACCACCACCCCAGACACCAGCACCCCCAACGCCACCACCCCCAACGCCACCACCCCAGACACCAGCACCCCCAACACAAUCACCCAAUACCCCACCAACUGGGGACUGUAAGGACGUCUACCCGGCAGAAUGUCCCAAGUAUAAGUCGUGGGGCUGGUGUACCCGGCAGGACAGGCUUGAUURCAUGAAAGAAGUGUGUAGUAAGACAUGCAAAUUCUGCGGCGGAACGACAGUUACCAAUCCACCAAGUACCCAAUCUCCACCAACUGGGGACUGUAAGGACGUCUACCCGACAGAAUGUCCCAAUUAUAAGUCGUGGGGCUGGUGUACCCAACAGGACAGGGUUGAUUACAUGAAACAAGUGUGUAGCAAGACAUGCAAUUUCUGCGGAGGAUCUACAGGUGGUGGUGGUGGUAAUGGUGAUUGCAAAGAUGUGUAUCCUCAAUACUGUCCGGACUACAAGAGCAGAGGGAUGUGCACAGAUCCUAACUACGUGGACUACUGCAAAGAAGUUUGCAAAUCAACCUGUGGAUACUGUUAAACGCAUCCCAGAAACGUUUACAACUCCCAAUCUUGAAUGGACCGUUCAAUUUAGUUAUAGCAAACAUGUGAAUUUGCGUUUUAAACGGCAAAUAUAAAAUGGCAAAUAAAUAUUGUAGUCAACUUA